AUGGGACUCAAAAGCUUUCGUAGGAAGGAGAAGGAGGGCUCUCCUCCGUCUGAACUCCCUUCGACUUACUCGGCAUCCGACAAAGAUACAAUGGAUGAGGAACUCGGUCACAACGCCAAUCUCCAGGCGGGAGUCAGCGAACACCCAGACGCGGCGGAGAACUACAGAACGCUGGGGAGAUGGCGAGCAUGCGUGAUCCUCAUCACAAUCGAAGUCGGCAUCGGCGUCCUCAGUCUGCCAUCUGCUCUCAAAGUCCUCGGCCUGAUCCCCGGUAUAAUCGCUAUCCUCGGUUUCGGCGGCCUCACAACGUACUGCGGUUACAUCCUCGUCCAGUUCUUCCGACGCUACCCCAUGGUAACUAACCUCGUAGACUGCGGUCUCUACGUCGGCGGCAAGCCAUUCGAGUACUUCCUCGGCACAGCCUUCGUCUUCAAUCUCAUCCUGAUCUGCGCGAGCGCAAACAUCACCAUGAGCGUAGCGCUCAACACGUUGUCCGACCACGCCAUGUGCACAGUAGCCUUCAUGGCCUUCCCGCACAUCGUCUGCUGGCUGCUCUGCCUACCACGGAAGCUCACCUUCGCCGCAGCCAUGAGCUGGAUCUGCACGAUCUCAAUCGUAGCCGCCGUGCUAAUCGUCAUGAUCGCGCUCGGCGUCGCAGGCCCCAACCUGCCCCCCGGCUUCGACGUAGAAAUCCACCUCUUCGCGCGCCCCAGCUUCGUCGAAGCCGUAAACGCCCUGCUAAACAUCGCCUUCGCCUUCGCCGGUAACCAAUCCUUCAUCUCCGUCAUGGCCGAAAUGCGCGACCCUAGCCGCGACUUCGCGCCCGCCCUCUUCCUGCAGAAAUCCUUCGAGGUCGUCGUCUACAUCAUCGUCGCAUGCGUCAUCUACGCCCUCGCAGGCGACACAGUCACCUCCCCCGCUCUGGGCUCCGCGCCCGCCAUCCCCGCAAAAAUCGCUUACGGCAUCCUGCUCCCCUCCGUCCUGGGCACCGGAAUGGUCAUCGGCAUCACAGCCAUAAAAUACAUGUACACAACCACCAUGCGCUGGCGCGCCCCAGACAGCAUAAACGUCCACAACGCCGCCACAUGGUCGCUCUGGAUCGGCAUCGGCACCCUGUUCUGGAUCGUGACUUUCGUCGUGUCAAACGCUAUCCCCAUCUUCUCCUCCAUCCUGAAUAUCAGCGCUGCCAUCUUCAUUAGCUGGUUUACGUUUGGCCUUACGAGUGUGUUUUGGCUGCAUCUCAAUUGGAAGGUGCAGGGUAGCUCGCCGCGCAAGAAGGCGCUGGCUGGGCUGAAUUACGCUAUCUUGCUUAUGACGCUGUUUUUGAUGGUGGGUGGGCUGUAUACGAGUUUGAAGGCGCUGUUGGAUAUUUUUAAUGAUCCGGAUACGCAGUUGAAUGGCCCGUUUACGUGUGGGGAUAAUAGUAUCUUUUAG